AUGAUUCCUAAGUACCAGCGUCGUUUAACACUCAGCGCGGGUGAGGAGUGCACAAUAGCUGGGAAUGGACCAAUUACUGUUACUUUACUCACUGGUGUUUUACACCUCGCUGGGGUAUUGCUCGAGGCAAAUCGUCCAUACUCUUUCUACUUACACCUGGAAAGAGAGUCCAUUAUCCUGUUCACCCUAGAGGGGGGCUCGGCGAACGUUGCGAGUGAGGAGGCUGUGAAUUUUUUUAGGCACCCAUCAGGGGUCGUGCCUUUAGUUCAGUUCACACGUCGAACGCUAGUUCCUUUGAAGACAUCAAAGGUCCUUGUGAUAGGAAAUAAGCGCAGUGGAAAAUCGCUCGCGGCACACAUGAUCAUCAACCUCUUGCGAGAUUAUAGAAUGGGGAAGGACGAUAAUGCAUUAAAUAGAUACUUUCUGCUUGAUCUUAACCCAGAGUCAAAUUGUGUCUACAGUCCAGGAUGCGUUUCGUUUGUGGAAGUUCGCGAUGAUCCUUUAUGGCCAGGAAGCGCGGCAUCUCCAAUGAUGCUGCCGGUUUCGUUUUAUACCGGGUCUGUAAUGUCCCCAUCUGCCAAAGAUGUCUCUGCCUUCAUUCACUUUUGUGAGCAGCUCUACGACACUUGCAUUGCUUAUUUGCAAGAGGAAUGUCCGGCGCCACAGAGACCUCAUAUCAUUUUAGAUGCUCCAUCACCACUGCCAGAUUUAAAAAAAGAUGUGUUUUACAAGAAGAUCAUUGAAAUCGUUAAACCAACGCAUGUCGUUAUCGUUAGUAGUCGUGAUGAUGCGGGUGAGGAUUGGUUCACUUUUCUCCAGGAAGACAUCCAGCGUAUUUUACCCGACUGCGAGUUUACAUUCACGCAGCCUUGCUCUCAUCCAUGCGCAUCCCCUACAACGGAUCUUCGGAUGGCGGAGUACUUCGUUGGAUCUCCAAACACCACAAUGUUAGGGUGCUCUAAGUUGGUGGUGCCGACAAAAUCAUUGCAGUUUGUCAAGUACGUCGGUGGCGAUUCGGAAAACCCUUCGGGAGUCGGGGUUCAGAGGGUCUAUCCGACGCCCGCCUUGCGCCGGCUAGUCUGUGCACUAUCCCACGCAGAAAUCAUCGAGGAGGUGCCGCUCGCACCGGUGGCGGGUUUUUUUGUCAUUUGCUACGUCGAUGAGGAGAAUGACGAGGUUGUGAUUCUCGCCCCAGCCGCUGAGGAGGCUCUUCAGCGCUGUUUUGUUGUUCUUCCCCGUUAUGAAGCGUGUGGGGCUCUUAGGCUGACGGAUGCCCAAUUGGCUACACUCGAGGAGUCUGUUACUGUCUAA